GGAGCGCGGCGGCGGUUGUAAUUUGAAAGAUCGAGCUCGAGCGGCCGGCUCCCGGGCUCAGGGACAGCGGCAGGUUUUGCUGCAAACAUGGACAGCGGCGGAAACAUGGACUUUCAAGAGACCUGGCAGAUGUUUGAGGCUAAGAUACAAAGCUACGCAGGCAAUGAUCCACUGGAUUUAUGGGACAGGUUUAUACAAUGGAUAGAACCUUUACUUCCCCCGACUGAGAAAGACAUAUUGGUCUCAGUGUUGGAGAAGCUUGUAAAGAAUUUUAUAGGUGACAAGAAGUAUUCCAACGAUCCAAGAUAUGUCAACUACUGGUUGAAACUGAUAAACUGCAGCACAACACCACUGGAUUUUUACAACUACAUGUAUAGUCAAGAGAUUGGUAUAAAAUCAGCUGCCCUCUAUCUUGCAUGGGCAAAUGUGCUUGAAAUGAAAGGCAACUUUCAGAUAGCUGAUAGCAUCUUUCAGAAAGGCAUUCAACAUUCUGCAGAACCAGUGGAUAUGUUAAUACAUCACUAUGGAUGUUUUAGGGAUCGAGCAUCUCAGAAUCUUCUUCCAGUUAGAACAGAAAAUCCCAUAAGACCUAAACCUGAACCCCUGGGGAAUCAACAUAGUUUGAUGUUUGGAUCUCAAAAUGGCUUUCCACAUGAAACUUUGGAAAAUCUUCAGCCUGUUGGUCAAGAUUUGUCUGCUUUGAAUAAAUUAGGUUUGAACGCUGCAUCUGUGGGUCCAGAGACAUUUCCCAGAUCUCAGGGUUUACAUCUGCAGGUAUUACAAGACAACAUACAAAAUAGCUGUGACAGUAAACAAACUGUGUUUGCUCUUUGUGGUACAGAGUCUGAUAGUUUAAUUCCAAAAGCACCUAAGAUUGUGAAUCAAAAUGACAACCAGGGUAAAAAUCAGGAAGCAGUUGGUGAAAUUCAGCAAGUCAUCAUGUAUCAUAAAGAUGUUCUCUUUUCUGGAGAUAAAGAAAUGUGUUUUGAAGAAAUUCGAGCUAAGGAUUACUUUGCACGAAGCCAACUCAAAGAAAAGGAGGAAUGGAAGAAGAUUUGCACAGCCUCCAAAUCUGAUGAGAUCAGAUCACUGGAGCAAAAAUUGGAACAACUGAAAGUACAACUGAAGUUAACUCAGGAACGGGAGCAAGAAAUACUGCAGAUAUCAUCUCAAACCUCCUUGCAGCUGAUUCCUGAAUCAUCAACUCAACCAACCAAGUCUGUUGCAGAAUCUUCAGCUACUGCUUUACAAAUGAAAACGGACAAAAGGCUAAUAAAGGAACAAAAUUCAACAUUAGAAGUUUGUGCUAGAAAAGUCACAACCACAAGUUUUGCUACAGCUCAUCUGCAUCAACCCCAAUAUGAGAUGGCAUCAUUGUUGCCUACAGUAGAUGAAAAAUUGAAAUCUCCUGGCUUUCAAACAGUGUCUAGGAUUUAUGAAGAGGCAGAUAAAGGGGCCAGUGACACACGGACACAAGUGGAGCCACUGUCCAGAUCCCUAGUUACGGGUUUAAAUGAGAGCAACAGUAGGGAACAGUUUAUGAAUAGAAGUGGUAACAGUUCUAGGACCCCGCUCUCGAAACCAAAAGACGGAAAUGUUUCUGGAUCAAUUGCGAAUAGAUCCCACACACCAAACUCUUCAUUUGGCUUGGUUCAAGCUACUCCAUCCAAAGUGCUACCUUCACCAACAGUUUAUACCAAAGAAGCAUUGGAUGCUAUAAUGGAUAUGUUUCAGGCACCAGUGAUUCCUGAAUUACCUCAAGUAGAUGAACAUGAUGGUGCUUUUGCAGAAGAUCAAACAGAAAUGCAGGAUGGAGUUUCCAAAGCGUUUUGUAAAAAGGAUGACAACCAUCAAUUCAUGGAAAGUCUGAGUAUGAACUUUGCUCCACCUUCUACAGUACCGUUCUCUAUCUUUGAAGAUGAUGCUGGUAGUGUGAAUAGCAUACAAAAUGAUUUGAACAGUAAACCUGUAGAAUCGGCACCGUGGGGAGAAUUGUCAGAAAAACAGUUGAUAGCUGGUAAAGUAAAGGAUAGAGAUGAUCAAGCUGUUUGGGCUGUUUGUGACAACCGAACCUUGGUAAUCAAUCCAAAUGAUACACAGAAUUUUGGGUUUGCAGCCCCACUAGCAUCAACCCCAUUCUAUGGGGUACCACCACAGCAUAAGCAAGAUUCAGAGGAUUACAGUAAAGAAAAGGCAGAACUUAACAAUGAUGCAAACCUGGUGGCUCUUUCAUCAGAUGAGGAAUGCAUUCAGCUUGCCAAAAUCAGAAAAAUUAGUCCUAUUCAGGAUCUAGGAUCAGAACAAAAUAAUAGGAUAUCAGCUCCUGCCAUUGACCCUAGCCUCAAUUGUCAGCAUGUGUCCAAUGACGCACCAGUUUCUGAAGAGUUUCAGAUGAUUGAUGAGAAUCUUGAAGCAUGCAGCGUGCCGAACAUUGAAGAUUGCCUUAAACCUGAACAGUCAUUUUGCUGUCUACAGGAAAUGUAUUGCAGUGAUCUACAGUUUGAGGAGCCAGUUGAAACCCCAACAGAAACUGGUGCAAUCAUCAGGAAUCCUUGGGACAAGAAUCUUUUAAGUGAAAUUCUGUCAAAUUUGGCUAAACCAUUGACUUCCUAUAGCUCUUUUUUAAAUUGGAAGGACAAUAUGCCUGCUGUCAGACCGAAAAUCAAUCUUUAUUUGGGGAAUGAAAUGUUCCAUGUCGGUCAUUUGCUUGGACAGGGGUCAUUUGCUCAUGUUUAUCAAGCUACAAUUGUGGAUAUGAAUAAUUUAUCUGAUGUGAGGAACCAACAAAAAGUGUGCUUAAAGGUUCAAAAAACGUCCAAUCCCUGGGAAUUCUACAUAAAUACUCAGCUAAAGGAGAGACUGAACACCAAGUUUUGCAAGCUCUACAACAAUAUCCACUAUGGACACUACUUUACCAAUGGCAGUAUUUUGGUUGGAGAGUUGUACAGUUUUGGAACUUUGCUGAAUGCAGUCAAUCUAUAUAAAACAAUAAAUGAAAAAGCAAUGCCUCAGCCCCUGGUGAUCUACUUUGCCAUUCACAUUCUGUAUAUGGUGGAACAGCUGCAUUCUAUUGGAAUAAUUCAUGGUGACAUAAAACCUGAUAAUUUUGUGCUUGGAGAAAGGUUCUUGGAUGAUGUAGCCAGUGUUGAUGACACGUUAUCCCAAGGACUGACAUUGAUUGACUUUGGUCAAAGCAUAGAUAUGAAGUUAUUCCCUCACAAUACAGUUUUUGUGGAAAACUGUAAGACAUCAGGCUUCCAGUGUAUUGAAAUGCUGUCAGAAAAGCCAUGGACAUUCCAGACAGACUACUUUGGAAUUGCUGCAACAAUUCACUGCCUUCUCUUUGGCACUUAUCUGAAAUUAAAGAAAGACCAGGGUAUCUGGAAAGUUAAUGCAACUUUUCAAAGAGGUCAUCAUGCAGAUUUGUGGAAUCAUUUCUUUAAUACCUUGUUAUAUGUUCCCAACUGCCAGACUCUACCAUCACUUUGUGACCUACGGGAAAAGCUGGUGUCACUCUUUAAAGAGCAGUAUACAAAGAAACUGAAACCACUGCGACAGCGCUUACUGGUGCUUUUACUAGAAAAUAAACCUUCACAAAAAAGAAUGUAAAUUGAAAAGCUGUCUAAGUGUAGAUUGUAAAUAGAGAGCUUUGUAUUUCAUUCUUGUAUGCUUAAACAUUGCUAUUAUUUCAUUGUAAAUGUUCAAAAUAGUGGAAUCUAGAUUAUAUAACAGAAAUUGAUAAAGUUUUUAAGUAUGGGUUGUGCUGUUGCUCAUUCCAGCGAGCAUAGCCCCUGGCUUGCUUUGUUACUUAAUGUAUGUCAAUAAGAGGAUGUUUGGAAUUUAAGGGUUGUUCUAGAGAUUUUCUGGCUUACAAUCCACAUGCUGUGGAAAGACUAAUGAGUUUUUACAAAUAGCAGUCAUUUAAAUGUAUGGUGAGAUUAUAUUUGUUAAAACUCGUGCCUAUUAAAGACAAUGCAAAGCUUAUUUUAAAAAUUCAUUGAAAGUAAAUGGUUUAACUGGAUUUUUUUUAAACCACAAAAUAGUUGUAUCAUAUUAAGGAUAUUGAGUGCUGCAUCUGGAUGCCUGGUUAGACUGCGUCAUAGUUCUCCAGCUAUGGGCUACUUGCAAGUUAACUUUCAGUUAUUGACUAAGUGAGCCUUUGGUAGGAAAUAAUUAGAUUGCAGGAGGACAAUAAGAUUACUAAUGU